GUACAUGAGAUAUUUAGAAUCAACAUUGACACAGCGGAGAUAUCAAUGCAUAAGUCAGUGACUGAGGCAGGAUACAACGGCGACAACAUUCGUUUGAUCAUUAAAGUAUCAAAGGGUGAAAAUGAUUUGGUAAGUUUCAACGUUGCGGUCUUGCUGGUGAGCAUUUCAGGUCGCAAUUCAUGUAAUGCAGACAUCCUUCCGACUGAAUCAGUAUGCCAGAUGACUGGUAACCUAGGAUUGCUUAUUGGUUUAAUAAUCACGGGCGUGCUUCUGUUCGCAGUCAUCGUUUGUCUUGUUAUCGCCAUCUCUCUUUUGAUGAAAAAGACAAAGGACUCUUCAGAAUAUGAUGUACCAGCGCCACCAACAGACCACGAUAAUUACGCAAGGAUUGAUGUUAACAUGGUCAAUCUUAGAAAUACGAAUGAAUUAAGGAACACGUACGAAAAUGAAUUCCACAGCUAGAAUCAACGGCCAGUCAGUAUGGAAAGGCUUUGACACUAUUUUAUUGAUGCAUAUGUGUAUCAUAAUUAAAUUAUGUUUACAUGAGAAAUGUAUAUAAGAAUAUAAUUACUUUUACGUGAGACUGUUGUAUCAAAAUGCCAUUACUUUUACGUGAGACUUGUAUAUCAAAAUGUCAUUACUUUUACAUGAGACUGGUAUAUCAGAAUCAAAAUACUUGUACGUAAUACUGUAUGUCUACAUCGGAACCACACUUAAGUUAAAACGUGUUGAUCUUGUGCAUAAUAAUGUCUGUGAUUUGUUUUUGCGUAACACUUGAGGCAACUUUCAUUACAUUGUCAGAUUUUAAUCGUGUAAUACCGAAAUAAUGUAAUGAUUACAUUAAUCAUGUAUACAUUAUGUGUAUAGAAGCAUGCUAUAUGUUAAAAUUAUAUUAUUUUUCGCUCUCGGUUUAUAUUAAUGUUCUCUACCUGAAUUGAUUUGAUUGAAUGGCUA